UCAAGUGUUUCAUAAUACAGAAAAGUUAUGGCAAACGAAGCAGAAGAAACGAUACGUCGUCUGGCUGCACAUAAAGGCGUUGCUGGCGUAAUUAUUGUCAACGGAGAAGGCAUACCGAUUAAAACAACUCUGGAUAAUCACGUUUCUGUACAAUAUGCGGGGUUAAUGUCUUCUUUAGUUGACAAAGCCCGAGCCGUAGUAAGGGACUUGGACCCAACAAACGAUUUAACAUUUUUGAGAAUUAGAAGCAAGAAGAGCGAAGUAAUGAUAGCGCCGGAUAGAGAAUUUAUAUUGAUCGUUGUUCAAAACCCAGUCGAAUGACGAAGGUUUAUGGCGUUUUGGGCCAUUUUUUAUACGGACUUUAAUAGUGUUAAUUAGUGAUGUAGAUUUGAUUUUUAUUGUCGGUUGUGGAUAGACAAUUUGGCGAAGUUGUUGGCUUUCUACGCUCUUAAUUCUCAGCAAAUCCAACAUUGGAUGAUAGACGACACUCCACUGCUCUCUAGGCGCCAUGAUUCCCACUAGUUCUGUUGACAGAACUACUGGUAUUUUUUUGUUCGGUUAAUAAAUAGACAGUUUUCUUCAGAGAACUACUGAGAAUUUUUUACCCUACUAGUUCUGUUAACAGAAGUAGUGGUAUUUUUCUUCCCGUUCCUAGGGCACUACUCUUGAAGCAGAAAAUCCGUAGAUGCUGCCGUUUUCACGCUCGGACCGAGCCCACUCGGAUGCUACUCCUAACAUGUAAACACGUGACUCGGACGCGGUUCUAUUUUUCUGAGUAUACUCAGAUAAUUUUGUGAAAACAAAAUGGCGCCAAAAAAAGUUGAAUGAGCGUGACUUUAAGAGGUUAUAAACGUGUUUUUAACUUUACCACUUCUCGAAUUAAAUUAUUUGAAGCUUACGUGGUCACGUCUUAUCCAAAUAUAAUAUUUCUGAUCCAAACUUUUUUCGUGCUUUGUUUUUUUCCUUGCUUGAUUUUUGUACUUAAACAGCAGCCUUAACUCGCAGCAGCAGAUAAGUCGUCAUGUUGAUUGUGUAAGGAGACAAAUGCUAGGACGAUGACCACGUAAGGUGUGAACCAAAAUCCGAGUGGACUCCCAUACGACCUAACUCGUAUGAGCGCAAUCGGUCCGAGAGCACACUGAAAACCCGGCUAAAAAUGGGUCUGCUUGAAACAGUCAAAUUACCGCUUCUUGCCCGUCGACCACCUGACUGGUACACCUCGAUGGACCACGGGCAAUUAUUUCUCCCCGUAGUUCACCUAUGUCCACCUGGGUGGUCCAUGGGCAUUUAAUUCUUCCCGUAUUUCACCUAUGUUCGCCUAGGGAUUUUUUAUUCUCACCUCGCGUUGUCAUACAUUUUUAGUUCCAGCCCCGGUCGAAACUCAAGUAGAUCAUCCAUAGUCACGUUAACGACUAUUUUUUUAUUUCCCUCAGAGCGGGAAGCCCGUAAAUUUGCUAUUGUUUUGAAAAUAAUCCUUAUUAUAGUUACGAAAUGUUUAAUGAUAAAAAAAGAAAAAUGUAAACAAAGAACUAAUCUUGUGUAGCCUGGUGUUCGAUGUCUGGUUGGCUGGCUUCAUAUUUUUAACGUGUGUUCUGUUUUAUGAAAGCCGGACACUUAAGUAUUUUGGUGAUGGCGGGACACAAAGCCUAAAAGUGGGACGUAUGGUCACGUUGUCCAUAGUGGGAAAACUGCCGUUACUACGGAUUUCGUGCUUUGAGAGUAUGGCCCCUGGUUUAUUAUUUCAAAACUGGAGAUAGUGAAAUACUAGUUUUGUUUUCCUAAAUGUGAUUUGUUGGAAAUGAUUUUUUCAUAUCUAAAAUUGUGCAUUUAACCUGAUCUAGCCGUGACCACGCGGCACCUGUAGAGUCCGAGAAAUAAAACACCUUUUAGAUACGAAAAAAAUAAGUGUAUGAAAACUUAAAAAUUCGAUAUUUUUUAGGUUAAUUUGAAUAUAUUUCAUUUUGAAAUUGUUUCAUUAAAUAUUUUUAAUUAGGGUACUUGGUUG